AUGUUUAUAUCAUCGUGUCGAAUAUAUACAAAUCGAAAUUUUUCACAAAUUUUACCAAAUGCAACUGUUGCAUCAUUACAAUCAUCUAAUAUAAGUGAUGGAGAAUGGAUUAUAAAUAGUAUAUCAUUAUUAAUUUUUAUUCUUUCUUUAUUGGGAAAUACCGCAGCACUUGUUGUUAUGUUCGGCUCACGAGGACCGAUAAGAUUAACAAAUAAUAAAUAUUUAGUUAAUUUAGCAUGUGCUGAUUUAUUACGUGCAUGUUUUAUGCCGUUUACUAUUAUUGCGAGAGUAAAACGAAAUUUUAUGUUUGGACCAAUUAUUUGCAAGGUUUUACCCAUUGUUCAAGGAUUAAGUGUUGCUGUUGAUGUAUUUACUCUUGUUUGUAUCAGUGUUGAACGUUAUAUAGCAAUAUGUCGUCCAUUAUUAAUAUUAAAACUUCAAUCACUUCGAUUUGCUAAUUUUUUUAAUGGUCUUAUUUUAUUUUUAAUUUGGACAUUAAGUCUUUUAAGCGCAUUACCAAAUAUUCCAAUGUAUAAUUUAUGCUCAUUACCUAAACCUGGAAAAUUUAAAUGUGAAAAAGUAAAUCCACAAUAUUUUGAUGAAAGAUAUUAUAUGAUUGUCUUAGAUGUUUUUUAUUUUUUGGCACCAAUGCUUAUUAUGCUGGUACUUUAUACUUUAAUUAUUUGUAAAAUGUACAAAAAUAAUACUGCAUUGAGGAUGCGAUCUUUUCAAAAUAGUAAUAAUCACAGUAAAAGUCAUUCAACUUCAUCAAGUCCUCCGACAGUUCGUCGUAAUAGUUGUAUUCAACAUGAUCUAGUUGAUCAAAAAUUAAAUUCAAAAAAUGAAAUAGCUGGACGUAUGUCAUUUCAAAGUAAUAAAUCGAAAUCAGGAAUAAGUGAUGAUGAACAUGGUAAUUCUAAUCAUCGUAAACGUUCACAAUCAAAUCCACCAUUUCAUCAAAUAUGUAAAGAACAAAAACGUUCAUAUUGUUCUCGUUCAGGUAGUAAUAGAAGUCAACAUUCAUCUAAUCGUGGUACUUAUCGUGUGGAUCGACAUCGACGAAAAGCUCUUAAACUUCUUAUUGUUAUUAUAGUUGAAUUUUUUGUUUGUUGGACACCAUUAUUUAUUUAUCAUACAUUUGGAACAUUUGAUAAAAAAUUUUAUCGAUCAAUGCCAACUAUAUUUGUUGAUUUGAUUCUUCUUUUUUCAUUUGCAUCAGCAUUAUCGAAUCCACUUACAUAUUAUUUUAUGUCCAAACGAUAUCGAUCUGUUUUAUAUGCAUAUUUAACAUGUUGUUAUUGGAGUAAAGAUAAUGAAAAAUUAAAUAAAAAAAGUCAAGAAGCAAGACAAAUGAUUCGAGCUUUACAUUUACAUCAACAACAAAAUAGUCUUGAAUAUAAAAAAAAAGUUACUAAACCAGUAAUAACAUCUUCUAAUAAUAUGUUAUAUCAUCCCAAAUUUCGAUCAAACACAUUACAAUAA